GAUCAUUUGAACUGAUGUGAUUGAUGUGGAGACUCAGAUCUCUAUUAACCCUCUGCUCUCGUACUUUCCCACAUUUUCCAUUCGUGAAAGAUAUUCUACUGUCACUAUCGACAUGAUGCUCCCUUGCUCAAGCCUCGUAAAACGUUUGCUGUUCCUUUCGUUGCUGACAGCCAUUGCCUGUCAGCUCGUAAUGAGAGGAAUAGCCCCAAGUCCCGGGUCCGAGAAAGUUAAUGGACCUUGUGGAAUGUCAAAGAAAACUGCUCCGAUGUGCGGAUAAAUCUGUCAAAUCAAGUCCUGAACUUGUGACGGAUCUCCAAGGCCCUGAAGAAUCUCUCUGGGAUUUGGAAAAGGCGAUUCUGAGCCUCUUCCUCGCAAGACGCUAUAGAAUCGACCUUCAUAUUCUAGCUCAUAUCAAUUAUCCACCCAAGAUGGUGGAUAUCCUGCGGCACGUCCAUCGCCAAUUCUGACAGAUGGGGAUCACCCGACUCUGGAUUAUCUCCGUCUCCGCGGAAAUUAUGAACAAAUUCCACGAAUUAUCCAGAGAAUGGUCUUUCUGUAUAGCCUGUUCCGCGGCGAAUAGCACAAGAAGGGGCGAAUAGCAAAAAAAAACAGAAU